GAUCUCUUCGAGUUCGACCCCUAACUUCACACUUGUAUCCCGCUUCCAUUUCUCCCAUGGCCGCCGCCGCCGCCUGCUCCUCUGCUCUCGUCCGCAGUCGUUCCGCCGGCCUCUCUUCCAUCCUCCGAUCGGCCUUCUGCGCCCUCGCUGCUCAUGCCGAUCCCCCCGCCUCCGCCGGUCUGGACACCAUCUCUGCCGUCAAACGCGCCAUCCUCUCGGAAUCCGACCCCGACCGCAUCGCCGAUCUCUUCCAGUCCGCUGCACACCUUCCCCGCUUCUACGCUCACCGCCCCAUCUUCUCCCUCACUGUCGACAAGCUCGCCCGCGCCAAACGCCCUGACCUCGUCGACCGCCUCCUGUCCCCGCUCCUAUCCGACGUCAAGUGUACCCAAAACGAGGGUUUUAUCAUCCGCCUCAUCUCUCUCUACUCUUCUGCAGGCAUGCUCGAUCACGCCGAAGCCACUUUCAAUCGUAUCCCUCAACUCCUUGGUCGGUCCGGCUCCGACAAAUCCCUAUCUGCCCUCCUUUUCGGUUACUUCCGCAAUCGCCAGUUUGACCUCGUCAUCAAGACCUUUAACCAUGCACCAAAGCAGCUGGGCGCCGUUCCUGGAAUAAACUCAUAUAAUGUCCUCCUUCAGACAUUGUGCCAAAAAAAUGAUCUUGAAACUGCACGCAAUGUGAUUGAUGGAAUGGCUGAGAAAGGAAUUGCCCCAGAUAUCAUCUCUUUCAAUACUCUCUUGAGCGGCUACUUAAAAAACGGAGGAGAUGAUCGAUUUGAUGAAAUUCUUGAGCAAAUCUCGAGCGCGGGAUUGGAGCCUAAUGUUGUUACCUGCAAUUGUAGGAUAUCCAAGUUCUGUCAAAAUUCAGAGACGUUCAAGGCACAGGAGUUACUGGAUGUGAUGGUUUCCAAGGGUAUCCACCCUAACUUGACAACUUUUAGUACCAUAAUUAGUGGAUACUCGGCAGAAGGCAAUGUAAAUGCUGCAUUGGAGGUGUUCAAGAGGAUGAAGGUCAUGAAGAGGACGAACAAGAGUGAGGGAGUGUCACCUAAUGCAUAUAUAUAUUGCGUCUUGGUUCGUGAUUUGGUUCAGAACGGGGAGUUUGGUGAAGCACUGGGAAUCUGCCAAGAAUGCUUGAAUAAUAAGUAUGUGCUGCCAUUUGAGGUUGUGAAAGCACUGAUCGAUGGUCUGGUGAAGGAUUCAAGAAUUGACGAAGCAAAAGAUGUUGCGGCAAAAAUGAGAAUGAUAGUGAAAGGCAGUGCCAUCAAUUCUUGGAAUGAGCUUGAAGGUGAACUCUCUUUGUAGGUAGAUUAGUUUAGUUAUUUUUCCCUGUUAUGGAUUUCAUCAGAGUUGUUUGACACAACUAAACUAGUUCUUACCUUUUUGGCUGUAAUAUUUGUUGGUGUAUGAACUAAACAAUUCUUAUCCAAUAACUUUUCAUUUAAUUUA